UUGGCAUUGGUCAACCAUUAAGAGAUUCAAACAUUUAAUCAAUUCGAUAUAGGAUUCAAGAGUCACGCUUAGUUGUAACACUAUGAUUAAAAGAAUAAAUUAUUGAUAUUUUAACAACUGAAUUCUAUUAAUUUGUUUGUGAUUAAAAGAACAAUGUACUUACUUAAAGUAAUUUUAAUUUUCGUUUGUGUGAUUACGCUUCCAGUGGUGAGUGGAUUUUUGGAACAUAAAGAAAAUAAUGACAAUAUAGAAUUUCCCACUCUAACUGAAUCGAUUUUAUCGUAUGUUAUUGAGUCUAAAGAAUGGGAAGCUAAAGAACCACAAGAUCAAAAUCAGAUCCUUCAAGAAUAUGAUUUUAUAGUUGUUGGCGCCGGAAGUGCUGGUUCCGUUGUAGCAAACAGACUUUCAGAGGUUGAAAGAUGGAAAGUGUUGCUUAUUGAAGCUGGUCAUAAAGCUUUACAUUUAACUGACAUACCAGUUUUAGCUGUACAAUUACAAGGAACAGAUUUCAAUUGGAAAUAUAAUUCAAUACCAAUGAAUGGCUCUUGUUUAAGCUUUGAUGAACAACGAUGUAAAAUAGCACGAGGAAAAGUAAUGGGAGGAAGCAGUGUUUUGAAUUUUAUGAUAUACACAAGAGGUAAUAAAAGAGAUUAUGAUAAUUGGGCCAAGAUGGGAAACGAAGGCUGGGAUUACAAACAAGUGCUCAAAUAUUUUAUCAAAUCAGAAAGGGCCAAUUUAUUAAAAAGCGAUGAAUAUUUUCACGGAAAAAAUGGACCACAAUGGGUUUCUGAUGUCCAGUAUAGAUCUCAAGUAGCUAAAGCUUUUGUCAAGAGCGCAUCUCAGAUGGGUCAUCCUAAUAUUGAUAUAAAUGGAGAAAAACAAAUAGGAGCAGAUUUUUUGCAGGUUACAAUGAAAAAUGGUCGAAGAUGGAGUACUAAUGCAGCCUUUCUAUAUCCAACAAAUAAAAGACGUAAUUUACAUGUGAAAAAGAAUAGUACAGUUACUCGAAUUAUAAUCGAUAAAAUCACAAAAACUACUGUCGGUGUUGAAUUUGAAACAAAUCAGAGAAAGUUUAAAAUAUACGCAAAAAAAGAAGUGAUUAUUUGUGGCGGUGCAAUUAAUUCCCCCCAAUUACUUAUGCUUUCGGGUAUUGGACCAAAAGACCAUUUGAAAGAAAAAGGAGUUGAAGUAAUAAAUAAUUUACCCGUCGGUGAAAACCUUAUGGAUCAUAUAUCACUAGGUGGUCUAUUAAUAUUGAUUAAUGAUACUGUAUCGAUAAAAUUAGAGAGGUUGCUGCAAGAUCCAUUGGUCACAUACAACUUUACUUCAUGUAAGUCAAGUCCUGCAUCAUUAGCGGGUGGCACAGAAGCUUUAGCGUUUUUUGACACUCAAAAGCCUAAUGAUCCUAAUGGAUAUCCUGAUUUAGAGUUGCUUAUGUCAGCAUCAUUUUCAGCCGGUUCUCCAACUCAUAGAUUUUUAGGCUUACGAACGGACGUCUACCAAAAAGUGUUUUAUCCAGUUCAGGAAAAAGAUAGCUUUAUGGUGUUUCCUAUGGUAAUGCGACCAAAGAGCAGAGGACGUGUAUGGCUGAAAGAUACUAAUCCAUUUCACUAUCCACUUAUCGAUCCUAAUUAUUUUGCUGAUGAGGCUGACUUGAAUGUAAUCGUAGCCGGCGUGCGUAUUAUUCAAAAGAUGUUGAAGACUGAUGCAAUGCGACAACUAGACGCUCAAAUAUUGACAACUCCGUUACCAGGUUGCACUGACAUUUCCUUUGAUUCAGACGCUUACUGGAAGUGCGCGGCCAGACAGAUUAGCUAUUCGAUUUAUCAUUUAUCUGGUACAUGCAAAAUGGGACCAAUAGGCGAUCCUACAGCAGUGGUUGAUCCAAGGCUUCGUGUGCAUGGUAUCAAACAUCUUAGAGUUAUAGACGCUUCAAUUAUACCUGAAAUUCCUGUUGCUCACACAAACGCACCAACUAUUAUGAUUGGAGAAAAAGGAGCAGACAUGAUCAAAGAAGAUUGGGGUAUAUGGGUGUAAAUAAUAUUAUUGUAUUUAACAAUAAGGAAGUAUUAUACUGAGUGAUUGUUAAACUAUGGUUAACGCUAUAUCUUUAAAAUAUAAAUCUUUUAUAAUUUUAAACGUUCAAAACAAAAAUUAAUUGUUUCUUUUCUAUUAAAAACGAGGGCGAUUUGCUUUAUUGUUUUCUUGCAAUGAUAUGACGUAGGAUACUAUUAAUUUCCGAAAAUAAAAAUAUUAUGACGUUUUAAAAGAUAUUGUGUCAGUCAUAGAUAUAUAAUAACCUUGUAUAGUUAUUUAAUGGUGUAAAAUAGUCUUCUAAUACAUUUUUGAUUAUUUCUUUAGUUAUAAAAUUGUUUUUCUUAACUAACUUAGAUUAUCUGUUUCUACAUAAAAAGUUAUAAUUAAUGCAACAAUAUAAUUAUAUAGUUGAAAGAACUAUAAUUUUACUGCUAUUUUAACUAAUAUUUCUUAAUUGUG